AUGAAAACUGCAGCAGGUACACCACCAAGAGGAAAUAGUACACAAACACACACUACUGUUGCCCAUCCAUCUCUUGCCGCAUCUCUUCUCUUUGAUGUUGUUGUCUUCGCCGGCGGCGCUGCGCCUGGCUUAACACCAUUGUGUGAUAAUGAGCCAAAGCCAAUGCUCUGUAUCUGCAAUCGCCCUAUGAUUUGGUACUGUCUACAUCCGUGGAUUACCGCCGGCUGCCAAACUUUCUUUGUCUGCGUGAAUGAAGACUAUGCGGCCCUGCAGCGAUAUCUCUGCCGUGAGUUUCCCGCAGUGACUUUUGUAUUUGUCUUGGUGCCGCUCACAUUGAAUGAGGCCCCGUCCACCACCUGUGAUGUCGUGAAGGCGUAUCUUAAACAUAAGGAAUCUUUAAAACCGGAUAAGUUGGGACAACCACGGGAUGCACUUUUACUUAGUUGCGAUACGUUUCUACCGGGAGUAAAUCUCGAACACUUUAUUCGCAAUUUCUACUGUUCUGUGGCCUCCGCAUCUAUUUUACUCUUCCGUCCAAUGAAAAGUACACGCACAGCCACUGCAGAGACAACAGGGCCAUCAUCAUCAUCAUCCGGCGGCGGUGGUGGAAAGAAUGAUAAAAGUCAGGCAGAACCAUACAAAUACCGCCUUGUCUGCACAGCAUAUGAAGAAAAAGAUGAUGAAGAGCAAACGAAUGGAUUACAAAAGACAAAAUCACGUGAUCAGGGCAAUGCGACCAAUGUCCAUCAUCAUCGAUUACACUUUAUUGCUCCUCAUGAGGAAAAGCCGGUUCCUCGUAUUAGCGUUGGCUUUGCCAGUCGACGUCCAAAUCUCACCUGUACCGCCGAUACGAUGGAUGCACAUGUGUAUUUGGUCCGUGAUUGGGUACUUCACGCAAUGGCAGAGUACGCGGGAGAGGGAAUGACGGUUCAACGGGAUAUCAUUCCUUUUCUCGCUCGCAGUCAACAUAGUACAUUGAAUGCCGAAGAAAAUGUUUUUCUCCGACCAGACAGUAAAAUUAAGUAUAAUAUACCAAAUCAUUGGUUAUAUGAGAAGGAGUCUUUUGUACAUCUUUUGAAUGCCUGUCCAGCUCCUGUAUUACCUGUAGAGGCGGAUAAUCUCCUCGUGUGUUGUACAAUUUAUGAAGAACGAGAAGAUGAACCUAUGCGUGUUUAUCGAGUAAAAACACGAGAAGAUUUUCUAGCAGUAAAUCGUGAGAUAUUAACAGCAAAGUGUGAUUUACACGGUUUAAAUGAACCUGUGGUGAAUGCUAGCAAUACACAACAACAGCAACAAAAACAAAAACAACAACAACAAAAACAAAGUAAACAACAAGGUGGUAAGUAUUUAGCUCCAGCUACUUUUUCAGAGACUACACAGAUGCCUGCUAGUGCCUUUGUAUUAAGUAGUUUGCUCCCUGAUUCCCCCUUUACACUUCAGAUGAAACAAGGUAUUCAUCAGGUUCAAAUUAAACGCAGUUUUUUACGUUCUUUGCCAUCAGGAAACGUUUACAUAACUUCCAGUAUUAUUGGGAGUAAUGUAACCCUUGGAGUAAAUGCUAGAAUCACAAAUAGUGUUAUUUUAGACAAUGCAGAGAUUGGAGCUAAUGCGAUUAUUACAAAUUCUAUCAUUGGCUCCUCUGCAAUGGUAAAUCCUGGAUUACGUGUAGUGAACUGCACUGUGGGCCCACAGUAUAUCGUAGAAUCCAAUGGAAUCGAUUCAGUACUCUGCACACAUGAUGCUGGAGGAGGUGUUUAUACAAGUUUGUGUAUGUAA